GGUCUUUUCAUCCAUCUUCAUCUUCCCACCUUGUUCAUUUUUUGUUUUGUUUACCUCUUUGUCUCCAUCCCUUCUUUAUUUAUUUGUUGUUACUUGUUGCUGUUGUCCCUCUCCCUGGGAGAAAAAAGAAGAAGAAGAAGAAAGAGUUUGAAGUGAAAUGUGAGAUAUGGGAAGUGGAGUUUCAACACUCUGUUGGUGCUCUGGGACCAACAACGAGCCCGACGUUAUUUUCAGCGCCACCGACCCACUGGACGAAACCCUAGGCCACUCCUUCUGCUACGUCAGAUCCUCCGCACGCUUCCUCUCUCCCACUCACUCCGAUCGCUUCCUCAGUCCUUCUACUUCCCUUCGUUUCUCUCCGACCCAUACCCGACCCGAAUUUCACGAAACCGGGUUCAAAGCCAUUUCCGGAGCCUCCGUCAGCGCCAACAGCUCCCUUCCGACAACAGUCAUUCACUUGGACGAAGAGGUGAACGGAGUUUCCUCCAGGGGUAAUAUCGUAAAUGGCUUCGAAAGCACGGCGUCGUUUUCCGCCCUCCCGCUCCAGCCCGUUCCCCGAGGCGGCGAGCCCUUCGAGGUCAGCGGCUUCUUCCUCUCCGGUCCAAUUGAAGCCAACGCCGUCUCCGGCCCUCUCCCUUCCGCCGCCGCCUACGGAGUCGGCGGCGGCGAUGUUCCUUUCUCGGCGCCGCUGGCCGGACUUUACAGUAAGAAGAACAAGAAGAAGGUGAUUUCGGGGUUCCGGAAGACCUUCAACCGGAACACGCCGGAGAAGAAGCGGCCGUGGGUGGUGCCGGUGCUGAACUUUGCCGGAAGAAAAGAAAGCGAGGGAAGGCCGCAGCAGCCGCCGCAGGCGGCGGCGGCGGCGAGCAAUGUGCAGUGGGCGUUGGGGAAGGCUGGUGAGGAUCGCGUCCACGUGGUGGUGUCGGAGGAGCUUGGAUGGUUGUUCGUCGGGAUUUACGACGGUUUCAACGGCGGCGACGCGCCGGAGUUUCUGAUGGGGAACCUCUACCGCGCCGUUCAUAACGAGCUUCAGGGUUUGUUCUGGGAACUUGAAGAAGAAGAACAACCGUUACCGCAAGAGAGCAAUCCAGUGGUGGAAGGAACGGAGAGUAAACGGCGUAAGCUGUGGGAGCUUCUUGCCGAGGAUGGACUCGACCUUUCGGGUUCGGAUAGGUUCGCGUUUUCCGUGGACGAUGCGUUGAGCGUUAACAACGCCAAUGCUGGGUCUGCUGUGAGUAGAAGGUGGUUGUUGCUGUCGAAGCUGAAGCAGGGGUUGACGAAGCAGAAGGAGGGUGAAGGGAGAGGGUGGAAUAUGGGGAAUGAGGAGAAGGAGAGGGAGAAUCAAGAGAAGCAUUGUGGGAGGAAGAGGAGAGUGGGACCGGUGGAUCAUGGACUGGUUUUGAGUGCCUUGUCUCGGGCGCUUGAAGUCACCGAGCUUGCUUAUUUGGAUAUGACGGAUAAGCUGCUGGACACGAAUCCGGAGCUUGCUUUGAUGGGUUCGUGUUUGUUGGUUGCAUUGAUGAGGGAUGAGGAUGUGUAUGUCAUGAAUGUUGGGGAUAGUCGGGCUAUUGUUGCUCACUAUGAACCGAAAGAGGUUGAUUCUAGUGUUGAAUUGGGAAGCAAGAGAGGUGUUGAGUCCGGUGCCCAGAGCAUAGUUGAGGUCCCCCUGGGUUUGGGUCAAAUUGGGAGUGCUCAACAAAAGAGGUUGGUGGCAUUGCAGCUGUCCACUGAUCACAGCACCAGCAUUGAAGAAGAAGUCAUUAGGAUUAAAAACGAGCAUCCUGAUGAUGCCCAAUGUAUAGUCAAUGGCAGAGUUAAAGGUCGCCUUAAGGUCACCAGAGCAUUUGGGGCUGGAUUUUUGAAACAGCCGAAGUGGAAUGAUGCCGUACUAGAGAUGUUUCGUAAUGAAUUUAUUGGCACUGCUCCAUAUAUAUCCUGCUCUCCUUCACUAUGUCACCAUAGAUUAUGCCAGAGAGACCAGUUCCUGAUCCUCUCAUCUGAUGGUUUAUAUCAAUAUCUAAACAAUGAUGAAGUGGUUUCUCAUGUUGAGAGCUUCAUGGAAAAAUUUCCGGAAGGAGAUCCAGCCCAACAUUUAAUAGAAGAACUGCUGCUCCGUGCAGCUAAGAAGGCUGGAAUGGAUUUUCAUGAAUUGCUGGAUAUCCCACAAGGAGAUCGGAGGAAGUAUCACGAUGACGUUACUGUCAUGGUGAUAUCACUUGAAGGGAGAAUCUGGAAAUCAUCAGGGAAGUAUCCAUGAGACAAUGAGACCUUCAACUUGAUGUUGGCUCUAUACAUGUGAUAACUUUUCUGGACCCAAGUGUGCCAUGAAGCCAGUGCCAAAGUUUCAAAGCCGAUCCAUUUUUCAUGGAUCUGGGUGUGUUGUUCCUGAUCUUACUACAUUAAAAAUGAUCAACUGAGGAAUCAUUUUACUGGCAAAAGGCUACUGCUUUAGCUCUAUCCAGAGUUAAAGAAAGCUAAAUGCAAUUUGGUAUGAGCUAAAAACAGGCAUUGCAGAUGGGUCUUUGGGAAUUCUGCUGAGUUAAAAAAGAAAAAAGGAAAAAGUAAAGCCUCUGUUUCUUUUUCCAUUCGCAGCUCUAUUUCCUCUUCCCCUUUUUUGCUGCUAAAGAUGAAAAAUGAUAGAAAAUUUGCUCAGCCAAGACCCUUUCUAUUUAUUUUCGUUUAUUUCCUUCUUUUUUUUUUCCCCUCUGGCUCAGCCAAGAAAACAUGGGUGUAUAUGGGUGGGGAUACAAUUGAAUUGAUUGACCUCGAUCAGUCCUUAGUCAGAAAUGAUGAUCCGUAAUGAAGAGUGGAUUUCCACCGUUGCAUAUUAAAACGAUUCUUCUGAAUCAUUGAUCUUUAA